GUUGUUGCGUUCAAUGAAUGUAGGAAUCAACAACACUUCACUUGUGGUUGCAACAGCUGAUUUUUAUAUCUGUGCACACAAUUAUAACUGAUUCACAAUAAGCUAUUCUGAUAGCUCGUUUUAUAUUUCCUUUCUAGCGUUUAUAUUAAUAUUUCGUCGUUCUCCCAACUAAAAAGUUCAGGCUGAAAUUCGCCUCGAUUUGUCAUGAAUGUUACAUGAAUCCGGAAGUGAUGUCAAAACGGAAUUCCCGUUCAAUAAACCACCAUAGAUGUGAUAUUUUAACCUAAUCCUAAAAUCAUGGAUAUCAUUGUCAGAAAAUACUUUUGCGCGACUCGUGAAAGUUACAUUUUUAUUUGCGUUUAUCAAAAAAAAAAAAAAAACGAGUCCGACUCAAACAUACGUCACUGGAAGGUCAGCCAAUCAGAGGAGCGGAGCUGCGGAAGUAGACCUUUGCGGUAAUCCGGUUCAGACUGCGGCGGACACAAGCUCAACUUCGCUGCAGUUUACAUAAAAAAAAAUACACUUUUUCCUCAUUUCACGACCCAGUUAGACGUGUGAGCAAACCGCAGAUAUGUGUCUGAACGAGGGGCGCUCACACAGGAGAAGCAGCAGUCCUUUGUAAGCUAACCCUGCUCCGCCACUCGAUGGUGGUAAGCGUCCACCCGGCUGGAUGAGCAGCCUUUAGCCUACCGCGGCUUCACCACAGGCCGGGCGGAUCUGUUCUGCUGAGCCUCUCAACCAAAUGCAGCCAAGUGCCUAUUAACGACCUGUUCACCUGGGUACAGCUGACCUGGAUCAUAAUUUUCACUGAGAGUGAGACCUAAUAACCGUUCACGGUGGAAACGAGAAGGAGAGCAAAGAUGAACGCUGUGCGGGGGGGCACAGUCACGUGGCGCCCCCAGCCGUGGCAGGACGGGGACGGCGGGGGAGGGGAGCCCCUGUCGGACAGCGACUCCGAGGAGGAAGACUUCCCAGACGACAGCACCACUCCACUGGGGGACUACAUCACACACGGCAUUAAGCAGCUCCUGGACGCCCAGCAGCUGUGUGAUGUGACUCUGCUCGUUGAGGGGAAGAAGUUCAUGUGUCACAG